AUGGCCCUAAAGUUCCUGAGCGGCCACACGUCGAAUACCGGCUCGAGCAGCAGCGUCAAGUACUUCGAUAUCCGUCUUCACAAUGACUACAUCGUCUUUCGUGGCAGCGAGGAUGAGGCCUCGAGCGCUUCGCUGUCUGGGACUGUCGUCUUGUGCCUCACUGAACCCCUGAACAUCUCACACAUCGAUUUGACUUUGAGUGGUAUCCUGCAUAUGUCAUGGCAGACCACUUCCACUUCCUCCAUGUCCGGCAGACGAACCGCAUACAAGGAACGGACCUUUUUUGAGAAGAGUUGGACAUUCCGAGAGCCCGGGAAAGGAAAGACGGAGGUUCUGCAACCAGAUAAUUACGAGUGGCCAUUUCAAUGCAUUCUCGAAGGCUCUCUUCCGGAAAGCGUGGAAGGCUUAAAAGAAGCUUGGAUCAUAUACCGCCUUAAGGCUGAGAUAAGUCGCAAAAGAGGCCGAGAUAUUGUCGUCAGGAAGCCUUUGCGCAUCGUCCGCACUCUCGAUUCCAACGCCCUGGAACUUUCCCAUGCUAUGUCCGUGGAGAAUAUCUGGCCGAACAAGAUCGAGUAUUCUAUCAGCAUACCGAACAAGGCCGUUGCAUUCGGCUCCUUUGUACAAGUCGAUUUCAGGUUGAUAUCUCUCCUUAAAGGCCUCGUCAUUGGAAAUGUUUCCACUCAAGUCAAGGAAGAGCAGGAGUUUGUCGUCGAUCCCGAAUGGGGCAUCUCGGCCGGCAGCAAUGGCCACACGAAAACCGAAAGGAUCAUCGUUUCAGACCUUUACAGGAUCAAUCCGGAAGUCGAUGAGCAGAUCAUCGAGGAAGUCGCAGAGGGUUAUCAAUUCUCUCGCUAUCUAGAAUUGCCCAAAUCGCUGAAUCAAUGCCUCCAGGACUGCAACGUCAAAGGCAUCAGAGUCCGACACAAGGUCAAAUUCAACGUCCAGUUGCAUAAUCCCGAUGGUCACAUUUCGGAGCUACGAGCCAAUCUUCCAGUCACCUUCUACAUAUCACCCAGUCUUCCAAUCAACGAGAACAAUGACCUGAUCGACCAAACACCACAAGCGUCACGAGCAGCGGUUGCCAACGACUUGGCCAACUCCGCGCCGCCGGUAUAUGGCAAACAUACGCUCGAUCUUUUAUAUUCGGAUGUGGAUGGCUAUAGAACUCCAGGAACGGCUCUGUCGACUCCAGGGACGCCCUACUUACACAGUCGCCACGCAUCAUCCGAGAACCUGGCCAGCCUUACAGCCAUCACAAAUGGAACUUAUGUCUCGCCCAUAGCUCUUCAGAAUAGGCUUCAAGAUCUACGGGGCGGCAACUUCAGUCCCGUGGCGGAAGAUGAAGUGGAUCUGUACCGGGGUGACCCGGCUGAACGCUCCAGGAGAAAUUCUUCCUCUGCCCACUUGCAGGAGGAUUAUUUUGCCUCGAUAGAUGCACAAUACUCAGCAUCUUAUCCUCGAGCCGGCCCUCAGGAUUUCGGAAGUCACUCCGGAUUUCAAUCAACGACGCCAAGCCAGCCAGGAAGCAACCUCAUCUCGCGGAGGGUUUCAGAAGAAGACGAAGGACCUCAAUCUGGCACUCGGACACCGUUCCCUCAAUAUGAUCACAUGGAAGACUUAGCCAAGGUUCCCUCCUACUCGACCGCCGUCAAGACACCUCUCCCCAGGACCGAUCAAUCAAAGACCCUUCCCACAUACGGAGCGGUGGUUCAUGAACAGAGCCCCCCAACACUGACAGAACCUCCGACCGCUCACAUCCGCAAUUCUCCCAGGCUACCUGGAAGUCUGGCCUCGAGUCCUCCAGAUACAGGAAUGAGCAAUUCUCGGUCGGCCUCUCACAGAAAUGUGAGUUCCCUUCAAGAUGACGAGCGGAGAUUCAGAGUGAUGCAAAUGCGAGGUCGAUAA